GUGGCUUCAGUUUCAAGGCAGAGGUUCCUGCAGACAGCCCCUGGGCCAGAGAAAACGCAUCAUCUUCAGGACGUUUGAGAGGACCAGGGUUUCCUGGGGCUGGGACCACCCACCAUGAGUGUGUCCCCCAUAUCUGAUCAGCGGGGAUGUGUUCAUGACAAUGCAACGGAGAGAAGAGUUAAUGGGAGUUUCAUUCCUGCGGCACCUGGAGAAUUGACCCUUAAUGAGUGGAUGCGGAUCCCCUCUCUGCUCAUUGCCCUGGCCGGGCUGGCGGGGAACGGUGCCGUCCUGUGGCUCCUGGGCUUCCGCAUCCAGAGGAACCACUUCUCCGUCUACAUUCUCAACCUGGCGGCGGCCGACGCCCUUUUCCUGUGCUGCUCCUUGCUGAAUUGCAUAAAUCGAUUGGCUCACCAGUUAUUUAAUUAUCUAACGUACUUUGUUAUCAUCUACCUCAGACAAGCAUCCUACGCGGUGGGCCUGAGCCUCCUGGUGGCGAUCAGCACCGAGCGCUGUCUCUCCACGCUCUUCCCCCUCUGGUACAGAAAUCGCCGGCCCAAGCACACGUCGGCCGCGGUCUGUGCCGGGCUCUGGGCUCUGGCCGCCCUGCUCUGGGUAACGCGUUUUGUCCUUUGUUUUUAUUUGUAUCCUAACAAGUUCUGUGUCUACAUCUACCGUGUCAUCGAGUCCGUGUGGUUUAUGCUUCUCUCGCCAGUGCUUUGUGUGUCCAGCCUGACUCUGCUGCUGAGGGUCCAGUGCAGCUCCCGGCGCCAGCGGCCCCCCAGGCUCUACCUCCUGGUGCUGCUCACGGUCCUUGUGUUCCUGCUCUGCGGCCUGCCCAUGGGGAUCUGGGCUGUCCUUUAUUUCCAUUUCCACAUAGAUCUCAUGCCUUCUUGGCUCCGUCAGCUCCUGGCCUGUGUGAACAGCAGUGUGAACCCCCUCAUUUACUUUUUCUUGGGCAGACAAGGGCAAAAAAAGAGGGAAUCCCUCAGGGUGGUUUUGCGCAGGGCCCUGGAGGAUGAGCGGGAGGUCAGAGAUGAGGAGAGGGACAAAUCCUACACCAACAGCUCUGAGACGUCAAUCUGAGGCUAAGAACAAGAUGCUCAGACAUAGGAGUCCUUGAAAUGAGUCCCC